CUUUUUCCAUUUCCUUUCUUUCUUUUAAUUGGAUAUCUUAAUUAGGAAGGGUAGCCUAUGAAUUAGAAAUUGUCAUGUGUAUUGCAGUUGCUGACAUAUUGCUGUGGAAGAACAAGUAUUUAUCAGGAGGAAUCCUAAUUGGCUUCACGGUCAUAUGGUUUCUUUUUGAAGUUGUGGAGUACCAUUUUGUUACUCUUCUUUCUCAUUUGCUCAUGCUUUUCAUGGCCGUCUUCUUCAUUUGGUCUAACGCCGCAGGAUUCAUCAAAAGAAAUCCUCCUGAUAUUGACGACAUAGAAUUGCCAGAAUCCACAUUGAGAUUCUUCUUCAAGCAAAUCAACCGAUUACUAUCAGAUUUUUACUAUAUUUCAAGUGGGAAUGAUCUAAUAACAUUCUUCCUGACAAUAGCUUGUCUCUGGACAUUGUCAGCUUUUGGGUCUCUAUGCAGCACUCUGACUCUGUUAUAUAUUGUGUUUCUGUGCCUGGCAACAUUGCCAGCUUUGUACGAGCGAUAUGAAGAUCAGGUGGAUCAUUUUGCUGGAAGAAGCAGCCAAGAGAUGAAGAAAUUGUUUGAAAAUUUUAAUUCCAAAGUUUUUGACAAGAUCCCAAGAGGACCAACAAAAGAUAAAAAGCUGAUGUAAAUUUGGAUUGCUUAAUGGAACAGUUCAUUUCCCUGC